AGCAGCAGACCAAACGAGCUGCUCGCGGAGCCUCAGUGUUUCCAAUGUCAUGGCGCUGCUCAAGCAAAGUUGCUGCGUAGCCGGACGAUUCUCCACAAAUCACCUGUGGCUGAGUCCCAGGCGCAUUCCUCCGGCUUACACCUUCAGUCUGACUACUGCAGCCGAAUCCUCUCCGGACCGGGCUGAGAGGAAGAAGGAGCUGCUGAGCCACGAUGGACCCGAUCUGCAGGACUUCAUCUCAGGAGAGCUGUCAGAGAAAAGCAAAUGGGACGAGUACAAAGGCAACCUGAAGAGGGGGAAGGGGGAGAGGCUGCGGCUUCCUCCAUGGCUGAAGACCGAGAUCCCCAUCGGAAAGAACUUCAACAGGCUGAAGAACACACUAAGAGAGCUCAACCUGCACACAGUGUGUGAGGAGGCCAGGUGUCCAAACAUCGGGGAGUGUUGGGGAGGAGGAGAGUACGCCACAGCCACAGCCACCAUCAUGUUGAUGGGAGACACUUGCACCCGUGGCUGCAGGUUCUGCUCUGUGAAGACGGCCCGUCGGCCCCCGCCUCUGGACCCCGACGAGCCGUACAAUACAGCCAAGGCCAUCGCCGCCUGGGGCCUGGACUAUGUGGUUCUCACCUCAGUGGACAGAGACGAUAUUGCUGACGGAGGGGCAGAGCACUUUGCUAAAACUGUGUCAAACCUCAAGGCGAGAAACUCUCAGAUCCUGGUCGAGUGUCUGACGCCCGAUUUCCGUGGCGACCUGGCAGCGGUGGAGAAAAUCGCCCUGUCAGGGUUGGACGUGUAUGCCCACAAUGUGGAAACGGUCCGUGAACUCCAGAGGUACGUCAGAGAUCCCAGGGCGAAUUUCGACCAGUCUCUGAGCGUCCUGAGGCACGCUAAAAAGGUCAAACCUUCAGUGCUCACCAAAACCUCCAUCAUGCUGGGACUCGGGGAGACGGAUCAACAAAUAAAAGACACUCUGACAGAGCUGAGGGAGGCAGGAGUGGACUGUCUAACCCUGGGACAGUACAUGCAGCCCACCAAACGUCACCUGAAGGUGGAGGAAUACGUCACUCCGGAUAAGUUCGCUCACUGGGAGAAGGUGGGGAAUGAGAUGGGCUUCGUGUACACAGCCAGCGGGCCGCUGGUGCGAUCGUCCUACAAAGCAGGCGAGUUCUUCUUGAAAAAUCUCCUGGAGAAGAGGAAAGCAGAGGCUACAGUAGCUGAAUGAGGAGAUUUACGUCAUCCAGAACCUGUGACUUCAUACAUGAGAGCUGGUGCCGCAGAACGAGCUGUGGGGUCGCGCUUCAAGUCGUCUCAUAGGAAACGCGUCCCUCAUAACCGGUAGAAACACGUGCAGCACAAAAAGUAAGGUUAUUAAAGUAACAUUAACAAUACUGCUACGACCCACGAGGGGUUCUCUGCGUUUUCUCUCGUCUACUUCUGACGGCACAUGAAGAUCAAAGAGGUCCUCAGAUAUGGAGAUGACCCGCCUGCACACCACACCAUGCUAACCAACAGCCAGCUGUGAGCAGAGGCUGUAAUUUGCUGUUUUUGCUCCUCAGGGGCCUUUAAAUUACACCCAACAUGAACUCAGUCCUCUCACUGGACUCCUGGUUUAAAAAAAAAAAAAAAAAAAAAAAACACCUUAAACUUUGAGGUUUUUAUGGCU